GAAAUAAAACACAAACCCAAGUAUGUUUCAGAGGAGAUAAGAACAUUCCAACAUGGCUUAACACUCACAAGAGUCAAAUGAAGCGUGAGGAUAAGAGGCUAUGGGAACUAACUCCUCCAGGCUAGAUCUCUCAGACCUCUUCACCCAUUGGUCCAGUCGUUCUCGUGCAUUUCCUGUCUGUAGACUAAAGGGGGCCUUGCCUUACACUCCCUUACACUCCCUCACAAACCCUCUCAUUCUCUGGCUUCCUCUCUCCCAGCUGCUGCUUGGACCCUGCUCUUCCCCGGGACGUUGUUGGACUUGUAGCCCCCCCCCAAAGAUGUGCUGUUCGGUGGGAUUCGCGCGGUCUCUCGGCAUGGCCCUGGUCCCUCUGGCUUUGUGUUCCAUAGUGGCCAAUUUGCUCCUGUUGUUUCCAAUGGGGACGAUCAGCUACAUGGAAGAAAACAAAAUAUCCCAGUAUAUUUGGUACUUCGGAGGGUUAGGAGGCGGAGGAGUGCUGAUGAUGGUGCCCGCUGUGGUCUUCAUCACUUUGGGGAAAUGUGACUGCUGCUGGAACCAGAGCCUCAUGAUGUGUGGCUCUGUGCUGGCUGCUGUCAUCGGGCUCCUCGGCUCCACUUACUCGUUCGUGAUCUCGGGCUUCGCUCUGUUCCAGGGGCCCCUCUGCUUUGGCCUGUACGGCUGGAGUUACCCCUUCGACGACCAAACCGGGAGGUAUCUUCUGGAGCCGGAGAGCUGGUCCCGGUGUACGCAGCCCGCCAACAUCGUGGAGUGGAACGUGACCCUGCUGUGCGUGCUCCUGGGUCUGUCCGUGCUCGAGUUCAUCAUCUGUCUGUGUCAGAUCGGUAAUGGUUUGGUGAACGCCGUGUGCCGCCCCUGCUGCUACAAACAGGAGUACAGUCUGAACGCAUAGAGAGAUCGGUGUGAACGAGUGUGUGUGCGUGUGUGUUUGUGUGUGUGUGUGGCUGGGCUGGACUCUGGUCAUGGGAGAGCAGUGCCCCCCGGGUUAGCGCUGAGGAAAACACGUUCGAAUGGGAGUUUGAACUGUUGAGAUUGAUACUUUGCAAUGACGUCACGCUGGGGGUGUUCUACGUGUAUCUCUUGCGAUGAAAUGUUCAGAAGUCGUCGUGGUGACACAAUGAGCACAGCCAAAAAGUUUAAGAACAAUCGAAAACCCUCCAAAAAUAGAAAAUUGAUCUAAACAGCACAUUUUUAGAAGCUUGUGAUCAAAUUGAGCGUUCAUGGUCCUGUUUCAGCAAAAAGGUGAGAGCGACUAAGUGAAAAACUGCAGGCUGAUGCGGGCUUCUGACUGUCAUUUUAUGCGUGACUAGAGUGACCAGACGUCCCUAUUUACUUGGGACUAGGGAUGGGCAUUCGAUGAAAUUUUCUUAAUCGAUCGUCGGAAGAAUUAACGAUUCAUUAUCGAUAAAUCAUUAACGUUUUUAAUAUUAAAAUGAUCAUCAUUAUUAUUAGUAUCUGCACUAAUCUGCAUAAAUAAAUUCAACUUUACGACAUAUAAACUAUAACCACUCUAGAGCCACAUCAGUCCGUUUGACAUUAUAAUGUGUAAUUCAGUUUUGUUCAACUCUCACAGAAACAAAACUUAACACCGCAUCACUAAUUUGCAUAAACUAAGCGAAGAUAAAACUACAGCUCUUGUGUCGCUGAUGUGGUUCAAUUUCUGUCAGAUUAAAAGACAUGACUCAGUGGAAUACAGGUUAGUGUGACCAUAUUUGCCUUUGUCAAAACCAGGACACCGUACGGGGGGAGGGAGGUGGGGACUCGUCAUCGACAUUGUGACUCUCACCUGGUAAAACUUUUUCCCACUGGACACAGAAACAUAUGUGCUGCUUUGUACAAUGUGCACAUGGACUCACACUUGUCCUGACCGGAACGGAAAGCGUGGAAUUUCUUGUACAAAUCAUCGUUAAAUACACAUUUGUGCUUAAACAUGUUGCAGACUGACCGACCGACUGUUUGUGUCUCGCUCCUUCUGAUGUAGAGACACAUGUACAGACCUGUUUGGUCACGAUACACACAGCAACCUACAUUCAGUUUGUCGAUUAAAAUGAACAUAAUCGUUGAAAUUCUUAAUGAUCAAUUAUCGAUUAAUCGACUUAUCAUGCCCAUCCCUACUCGGGACAGUCCCAGUUUUGAGCCCUGUGUCCCCUGUCCCAGCAGAUUUAUACAAAACCACUGAUUUGUCCCAGUUUUCUACAAGAAAUGUCCCAAGUGUCCCUAUUUUUGACCAGUUUGAUCUAAACCAGGUCUAAACUAAGACUAAACCAGGACUAUCACAAUUUUUAAAACUAAAACUCUAUUUGCAUGGGAUAAGUACAAAUUACCGUAUUUUCUGGGCUACUAGGAGCUCUGGAUUAUAAGACGCACUGUCAUUAAAUGGUCUAUUUUUGAACUUUUUUCACAAAUAAACCGCACCGGACUUUAAAGGAAACACAACAGUGUGAUGGGUCAGUGGUUUUGUUUGUUUGUUCGUUCACGGUGACUCUGGGCUUUGUUCAGUUGUGGCGUGUAGGGAGGGUGCUGUCUGGGAUCGCUGGAUUGUCGGUGUGUUCGCAGUGACUCAGUUGUUCAGUUGUGUCUAGAAGUGGCACAUUGCACUCGCUUUUUCGGUUCGUUCCUCCGUUCCGUUCCUCGUCGGCGUGGAGUGAUGAGUGUGUCUGUGGGUGUGUUUCGCUGUGCGGUCACUGUCUGCUCCGUGUGUGUUUGCGUGCGAUGCGGGUGGUGCGGCUUUGUAGUUUACUGAAGUCGUGCUGGGACACUCGAGUGGAUUGUUGUAUAGGGCG